GGAGGGGGAUCAUGAGAGAAGGAGGGGUGGGAAAAGUUUGAGAAAGAGAGAGCGGCAAAUUCAUUGAAAGAGAAUAUAGACAGAGAGUAUGUGUGUGUGAGUGAGAGAAGGCAAAAGGACAGAAUAACUGAAAACAUUUCAACCUGAAGGCUGAAAGGGGAGGGACUGCCUUGACUUGUCCUUUUUCAAACAAGUUUGUGGAGAAUCUUGGAGAAGCUCUUUUUCUGCUUGGGAAGAAGGGGCAGGGUCUAUGCUAAGUGGGAGUGCAGCUCAGAAGCAGGGGAGUAAAACCAGAGGAGAAAGGGGAAAAAGGCAAUUUUGCUUUGAAGGAAGUCAUACCAGUGGAUGCUGUCAGUGUCCGAUUUCACAAAAUGACAGAGCACUUCUACAGGGCUCAUCCAGCUGAGAAAGGAUGCCAGCUGCUAGCACAAUGACUGGUGGGACGGCCCUGCUACUCUGUACCAACACUGACAACUGUGUCUACCAAUCAGUCAACGGGCUCCAGUGCUGCGGCUUGAAGGUUGGGGAGGCUCCGUCUGCGGUCCCCCUGCGGCCAGACGUGGUGUGUGGGGACAGGGACACCUCCAAGCGGCCCUUCUCCCCCCUGGUCUCCCCUGUGGACGGGACAGACACCACUGACGCCAUCCUGGCUCACAGGAGAGCCACCUCGGACCCCCAGACCACCAUGGAGCAUGGACUGGUCGGCUGCAGCAAACUCAACAAGACCCCAGCGGGUCUGAAGACCAGCGCCAGCAUCCGGGACAAGAUCUCGCAAUGGGAGGGGAAAAAGGAGACCCGCCCUACCGCCCCAGUAGUUGGAAGUGGUCCAUGCCUGCUGACCACAGUGCACAAGGAACCAGAGGCUGUGAGAAAGGAGAUCUCGGAGGUCCACAGGCCGGACAGUAAGAGGUUGGUCAGCUGGGAGAGGCAGGACUCUGGGAAGGAGCAUGCAGGAAAGCUGGGGGAUUUAUGGCCAAAGUCACCUGAGGGCCCCACUACCAAGGGGAACCGAGAGGUGAUACUGGAUAGAGGACCCCUCAGAGGCAGUUAG